CGCACCUAGGCUACAUUUGUAAUCAGAGCGAAGAGGAAAGAGCACCCGUCCGUGUUAUAGCUGCUGUUUCAGCGGUUUCCGUGGUGAUGGACCCUCCCGGCGGGCGAGACGAGCGUCGUCGUCAGGCCGAGCGUCUUCGGCGGGAGGAGGCGUACUACCACUUCAUCAACGAGUUAAGCGAGGAAGAGUAUCGGCUCAUGAGAGACAGCAAUCUAUUGGGCACACCAGGUGAAGUAACAGCUGAAGAGCUGAGACAGCGUCUGGACGGAGCGAAGGAGCGUGUGUCCUCACAGCCUCGCGCUGAACCACGUCCGCAGAACAGUGAGGCAGGACAGGAGGGCAGCAGCGCUGCCGCUGAGCCUGGUGCCGAGAGCACUAACGGAGACUCGCUGCUGGAGUGGCUCAACACGUUCCGGCGCACAGGCAACGCCACUCGCAGCGGCCAGAGCGGCAACCAGACGUGGCGCGCCGUCAGUCGCACCAAUCCGAACAGUGGCGAGUUUCGCUUCAGCCUGGAGAUCAACAUCAAUCACGAGCAGCCCGAGCCGGGCGAACAUAGCGACGCCUCAGAUGCCAUCGAACUUCCUGUCUCGCAGCGAGCCUCUGCGACUAUACGUACCCCGCCGAGGCCCGCGCCCUAUUUCACGCAGCACCCUGCGCCUUAUCCUACAACCAGGCCCACCCUGGGGAGGCGUGCUCAAGCCCGGCGCACUCGCAGUAGCACCACGCCACCCAUAACCCCGCCUCUCAUUUCUCAGGCGCCGUAUACAAGUUUAAGAAGGAGCCUUGCUUUGUCUCAGCCAGCACCGCUUCCCCCACCUCCUCCUCCCCCACCUCCUCCUCCUCCUCCUCCUCCCCCUCCUUCACAGACCAUGUCUACGUCCCUGCCUCAGGAGCAGGACAGUACUAACAGCGUGCAGGGUCAAGUACAGCCGCACCCUCCUUCGCUUGGCAACGAGGAGGAGCAGGAAGCUAACGAUGCUCCAGACUGUCCGGAAGCUGCUUCUCAGUCCGGUGCGCAGGGGGCGCCAGCCGGCCGUGAGGCUCGGAGAACUCGUUCACGUGGCCGGGUCCGCCGGAUAGCUCUGUCCCGGUCCUCACGUCGUAGCCGCUCUCCUUUGGAUAGGAACCCCGCCCGAAGCUCCAGCCCCACCCCUAGCAAUAGUGCUCCCGCCAUAGAGUCCACCGGAAACACUGCAGCUGUAGAGAUGGUGGAAAUUCCAGCUGAGUCGGCAGCACCGGUGGAAUCUGCCCCCGAGGCGAGUACUGAGGAGGGCGAAACGCCUGCCUCGGGCUCAGCGGGAGGCGUUCGCCGACACCCCACCAUCAUGUUGGAUUUACAGGUGCGCAGAAUCCGACCAGGCGAAAACCGAGACCGGGAUAGCAUCGCUAGCCGCACGCGGUCUCGUGCCCGUGCUGCUGAAAAUACGGUCACCUUUGAGAGCGACAGUGGAGGCUUCAGACGGACCAUCUCGCGCUCGGAACGCGCCGGAAUCCGCACCUACGUGAGCACUAUCCGCAUCCCUCUGCGCCGCAUCUCAGAGACGGGUUUGGGCGAGCCGAGCUCCACGGCGCUGCGCUCCAUCCUGCGGCAGAUCAUGACCGGCUUCGGAGAGCUCAGCUCUUUAAUGGAGACCGAGGCCGACCCGGAAAGCUCCACCCCUGGACAGAACGCGGGCACCAACACGGCUGCUCAGACACAGCGUGCGCAGGGGAGCGAAUCCACGACGGGGAACGCCGUGCCUGAUUCGGGGCGAGAGAGCGGAGUAGUCGGUGGGGCCGGCCAGGCGCGGGUGGGCACCAAUGGAAGGGACACGAAUAACCUUGUGGAGAACGGCACCUUGCCCAUCCUGCGGCUGGCGCACUUCUUCUUGCUGAAUGACGAGGAGGACGACGAGCAUCCGCGCGGUCUCACCAAAGAGCAGAUCGACAAUCUAGCCACGCGCACCUACGGCCAGGCGAGCCUGGAGGGCGAGCAGGGGCGCGCGUGCAGCGUGUGCAUCAACGAGUAUGCGCAGGGCAACAAGCUGCGCAGCCUCCCCUGCGCACACGAGUUCCACAUCCACUGCAUCGACCGCUGGCUCUCAGAGAACAACACGUGUCCCAUCUGCAGGCAGCCCAUUCUGUCCAGUAGCCAUCAGGACUGACUCGGUCCCUCCCUCGCUCCUGUACAUAGCGCUCCAGCCGUAUCACAUCCGGUUCCUCAUCGACUCUCACCGUAUCCCGCUGUAGGUUAGAACCGAAAGAAAGAAACCACACAGAGAAUUAACAAAGCUUUAUUUUUUUAGACUUGUUUUUUUUGUUUGUUUUCUUUUUUUUUCCCCGCUGCAUACUUCCCUCCAUCCUGCUUCAGGGUUCCGUUACACAACAGAUACUAACUGUGAUGAAUCAGUGUUAGCAAAAGCUAAUUUUCAGCAUUUCACAAAAAAGAAAAAAAAAAAGGAUUUUAUAGUUCGAUCUGUACAUGCCAGACUCUGUAAAUAUAUGAAUGCCUGUGCUUUUUUUUUUCUUUUCUUUUGUGAAAGUUUUACAUGAAGACACAGUAUAGAGACAUGCGUAAGAUAAGCUCCUUUUUAAGUUUUAGUUUUUUGUUUUUUUUUUAACUCCACUUUUAAGCCUCUUUUAAGACGCUUUUAGCUUGGCGUCAGUCAAGGUGCGGGGGCUCGCACCUCGCUCGGAUUGAUUCUGAUCGAAUUUGUGAUUUUAUCAACUAUAGAAACUAAAACGGCAACGAGUCACUUAACACUACAUGCUACGAAACGAUACGGACUGGAUUUUUUUUUUUCCCGCUUAUCGUUGCUAUAACAGUUUACAAUGUCGGUUAUUUAAAAAUAAUAUUCGCUGUGCAUCAUCACGUGCAUGUGUCAUUUUAAAUUGUUUUUCUCUCCGCACAUCCGCGUGUAAAGUAAAGUACAAGGCGUCAUUUUAAUGAAUGACAGAUAAUCAGUUCGUUAUUCUUCUUAAAGCACUUGGAGGAGGAUAUUUAGGAUAAAGUGUUUCGCCUGAAACAGGCCAAAUUUUAAACAUAAAAAAAUAAAUUGCAAUGAAUAAAAAAAAAAAAAAAGAGUUAAUAAUUUAAGUCCACGUUUAACUUUUGCCCAAAUGUUGAGAUGCUCUUUUUCACCUCGCCUUUUUUUUAAGCUACACGACAUUGUCUUUUAGGACUUUUUUUCUCCUCCUCAAAAUGUUUCCCCUCCCAUGUCCGUUCAUCGGAGAACAGACAGCUUCGUUAUUAGAAGUAUGAACUGACCGCUGCUUAGAAUUCUCUCCAAGCGUUUAAAUUCUUAAUGAAGGUGAUGAUAAUUCUGAAUUAUUGUCUCUUUAUAUCUACAAAGCGCUUAAAGGGCAUCUGAUGAUAACGCUGAGCUCGUCCUGGUUGCGUUCUCAUCCUCUGUGCAUGAACAACACUGUAAUAUACACACACAUUUUUUCUCUCUCACGCACACAUCACAGCCCCGUGCCCUUCUGAUCAGACGAAUCGGUACGCCUCUUAACAAACCUUUACAUUAUGCCUCAGUGUCUCGUCGAAAGGAAACAGUAGGAAAAAAAACUGUUUCCUAACAUUUUCUUUCCAGAUGUAGUGUAUUAUGCUUAUCUUUUGAGUGUAUGUUGCAAAGGAAUUCCCUGCGAGAGUGUGUGUGUGUGUGUGUGGGGUAUGUAUGAAAUUGCGAAUAUGCUAGUGGUCAUCCCUCCGAGAGUUUCGACGGUUCUUUGGCCACCAAAAAUCCAGAAUGAUUUAUUUAGUUCUUAUUUAAUAAGGUAAGAAAUGACCUCGAGAUAUGAAUAUGUAUUAUGUUCUAAUGUGAUGCUAAAACAGUUACGGAUAUGUAUUCUGUUACUAUGUAAUAAAACGAGCAAAUGAGUUUUCUCUUCCGCUCCUUCAAAAGUAAACAAGGUUUGAUUGUAUUGUAUCAUAAUGCAUUUGUUCUUCUGUAGGAAUGAUUUUGGGGCUCGUACCGGCAAAACAGCGGGUGACGACACACACACGCGCACACUCCUGGCGUGAUUCCCAGAUGAAAUGAAUAAGAUAAUCCAAUCUUGUCACAUUUUUCUUAAUAAUAUGAUGUUGCAAUACAUGUUCAGCUGCUCAAAGAGUUAAAACAAAUACUUCAGUCUAUGAAGUUAAAGUCCACACAUAAUCAUUUCAUGUUUUUUACAAAUCUUAUCAA